AUGGCCAAGAGUCCCUGUCUCUUAAACUUUUUCCAGUUCUUGGCAAUGCUCUUUCUCACCUCCUACUCUAUUUUCCCGCCUUGUGAGUCUCUGACGUUGGAAACCCAAGCUCUUCUUCAGUUCAGGAACCAUUUGAAGGACUCCUUGAAUUCUUUAGCUUCCUGGAAUGAAUCAGACUCUCCAUGUGAGUUUUAUGGAAUUACAUGUGAUCUAGUUUCUGGGAGAGUCACAGAAAUCUCACUGGACAAUAAGUCCCUCUCUGGUGUCAUUUUCCCAUCACUCUCAGUUUUACAGAGCCUGCAAGUUCUCUCACUACCAUCCAAUUUAAUUUCCGAAAAGCUUCCAUCAGAUAUAAGCAGGUGGACCAGCCUCAGAGUGUUGAAUCUAACAGGAAAUAAAUUGGUUGGAGCAAUCCCAGACUUGUCUGGGCUAAGAAACCUGCAAAUUCUUGACCUUUCAGCAAACUACUUUUCUGGCAGCAUCCCCAGCUGGUUGGGGAAUCUAACUGGACUGGUUUCACUGUGUCUUGGGGAAAAUGAAUACAAUGAAGGUGAGAUUCCAGGGAAUCUUGGAAACCUGAAGAACUUGACCUGGCUCUAUCUUGGGGGCUCCCGUUUGAUAGGAGAGAUUCCAGAAUCACUGUAUGAAUUGAAGGCAUUAGAGAUACUGGAUAUGUCAAGAAACAAGAUCUCUGGAAGACUCUCCGGAUCAAUUUCCAAGUUACAUAAUCUUAACAAGAUUGAGCUCUUCUCAAAUAAUUUGACAGGAGAGGUUCCAGCAGAGCUUGCAAACCUCACCAAUCUGCAGGAGAUUGACCUUUCUGUAAACAACAUGUAUGGUAGGUUGCCAGAGGAAAUUGGGCACAUGAAGAACUUGGUUGUUUUUCAAUUAUAUGAAAACAGAUUUUCCGGAGAACUUCCUGCAGGAUUUGCGGAUAUGCGCCAUCUCAUUGGGUUCUCAAUAUAUAGAAACAACUUCACCGGAACGAUUCCAGAAAAUUUUGGCCGGUUUUCACCACUUGAAAGUAUUGACAUAUCUGAGAAUCAAUUUUCAGGCGAUUUCCCGAAGUUCUUGUGUGAAAGAAGUAAGUUGAGGUUUUUGCUUGCAUUACAAAACAAUUUCUCAGGGACUUUUCCGGAGUCUUAUGUAACAUGUAAAUCUCUGGAGAGAUUUAGGAUCAGUAUGAACCAGUUAUCUGGGAAAAUUCCAGAUGAGGUUUGGGCACUUCCCUACGUAAAAAUAAUUGACUUGGCCUAUAAUGAUUUCAGUGGUGUGGUUCCUUCUGAAAUUGGAUUGUCUACCAGCUUAAGUCAGAUAGUUUUGACAAAGAACAGGUUUUCAGGUAUGCUGCCCCCAGAGCUUGGCAAGCUGGUGAACUUGGAGAAGCUUUACUUGAGCAACAAUAAUUUCUCUGGUGAAAUACCUCCUGAAAUUGGAUCUCUGAAACAGUUAUCCUCUUUGCAUCUAGAAGUGAAUUCCUUAACUGGUUCAAUACCAGCAGAAGUGGGUCAUUGUGAAAGGCUGGUGGACUUGAAUCUUGCUCGGAAUUCUCUGUCUGGAAAUAUCCCUCAGUCAGUUUCACUUAUGAGCUCAUUGAACUCUCUUAACAUAUCUGGAAACAAGCUUACAGGUUCUAUUCCAGAUAAUUUGGAAGCAAUAAAGUUAAGCUCGGUGGAUUUUUCUGAAAACCUGUUUUCUGGAAGAAUUCCAUCUGGUCUUUUUAUUGUUGGAGGAGAGAAAGCUUUUCUUGGAAACAAGGGGCUGUGUGUUGAGGGAAACCUAAAACCAUCCAUGAAUUCUGAUUUGAAGAUUUGUGCCAAAAAUCAUGGUCAGCCAAGGAUCUCUGCUGAUAAAUUUGUCUUUCUCUUUCUCAUUGCUUCAAUUUUUGUUGUUAUCUUAGCUGGGUUGCUGCUUUUGAGUUGUAGAAGCCUCAAGAAUGGUGCAGAAAAAAACUUGCAACGUCAGAAGGAAGUAUGUCAAAAAUGGAAACUUGCAUCUUUCCACCAAGUAGAUAUCGAUGCCGAUGAAAUAUGUAAUCUGGAUGAAGAUAAUUUGAUAGGUAGUGGUGGUACAGGAAAGGUUUAUCGAGUGGAGUUGCGAAAAAAUAGAGCCAUGGUGGCUGUCAAGCAUCUAGGGAAAAUAGAUGGUGUGAAAAUAUUAGCUGCAGAGAUGGAGAUUUUGGGGAAAAUUAGACAUAGAAAUAUACUUAAACUCUAUGCUUCUUUACUUAAAGGAGGAUCCAAUCUUUUAGUGUUUGAGUACAUGCCAAAUGGUAAUCUUUUUCAAGCUCUUCACGGACAGAUAAAAGAUGGGAAGCCAGACUUGGAUUGGAAACAGAGGUAUAAAAUUGCUCUGGGAGCUGCCAAAGGAAUUGCUUACUUACACCAUGACUGUAACCCGCCCAUUAUUCAUAGGGAUAUAAAAUCCAGCAACAUUUUGCUUGACGAGGAUUAUGAGCCAAAAAUUGCUGAUUUUGGUAUUGCAAGGUUUGUAGAAAAAUCUGAUAAGCAGUUGGGUUAUAGCUGUCUAGCUGGCACACUUGGUUAUAUUGCUCCAGAACUUGCUUAUGCCACUGAUAUCACUGAAAAGAGUGAUGUUUAUAGCUUUGGAGUGGUGCUGUUAGAAUUAGUGUCUGGAAGAGAACCCAUUGAAGAGGAUUAUGGAGAGGCGAAGGAUAUUGUUUAUUGGGUUUUGACUCAUCUGAAUGACCGUGAAAGUAUUGUCAACAUUCUUGAUGAAAGGGUGGCAUCUGAGUGUGUUGAAGAUAUGAUUAAAGUGUUGAAGAUUGGCAUUAAGUGCACCACUAAGCUUCCAUCUGUGCGCCCCACCAUGAGAGAGGUUGUUAAGAUGCUAAUUGAUGCAGAACCUUGUGCAUUGAAAUCUCCAAAAUCAUGA